GGGGGAGGUACAACGGAGCUCGUUCUCAAAUCCAACGUGCAUCUCACAGCCCCCCUCCCCGCACUCGAAGGAACAGCUGUGCUGACCAUCAUGGGCGCGUGUGCCGUCGACAGGUGUAUCAUCAGCGGAGGUAACGCCUUCCCCAUAUUCAAGUCCCCGUCGUCUGGCUCCACUGGGGGAAUAUUGACCCUGCGCAACCUCACAUUUCAGGAUGCGGCAGGGGGCGUCUUUGUCAACGUGCGGACGAGAAUCAACGCGACUGAAUGCGGAUUCGUCCGCAACAAGGGUCCUAGCAGUGGCGGAGGGGUGCUCAGCGACUCCUACUCUGUGACAAACAGUGUUUCCUACCGCUACUUCUCCUAUUGCACCUUCUACAACAACACGACGCCAAUUGGGGGGGGUGGCGCCUUCAGCAUCAACGCGGGGAACCCCCAAGGCAAGGGGCCUUCUCUCAUUAUUGCGAGCAGCUACUUCAGGAACAACAGCGCGCCCAAGGGACGUGGAGGGGUGAUUGCGAUGGAGGGGACAAGCAAAGCUGUGUUCAAGUCAUGCCUGUUUGAUGGGAACAGCGCUGGUGUGGCUGGGGGAGCCAUCUACUCCAACGGCGCCUCCCUCACUCUCAACAAGGUCGUCUUCAGGGACAACAAGGCUAUUGGCGUUCCCCCUACCAGCACCUGCGGCGUUGGCGGCGUUCUGUUCGCAGUCUCAGGACUUUACAGCGGGGCGUCUGUCCGCCUCUGCGCAUCUUCCUUUGUGGGCAACACGGGCUGCGCUACGUCCGUUAACACGCUGCUCCUGCAGACAGUUCCAGGCGGCUCAAACUUUCCGGCGUCUGUGAUGUUUUGCAAUGGAACCACCAAGCCGGCCAAGUUGCUCGUGCCGUCGAGUGGGUGGCGGGAGUUGAGCAGUUGCACGCCCAGCACCUGUCUUUAA